AUGGGAUUGUUGACUAGCGACCUUCCUCCUGCAAAAUGUUUUCUCGCGAUAGCUGAAAAUACUGGAACUUUUCCUUUAAAGUUGAUAGAGAGUCACAAUGGCUCCAAACAGGUUGAUCUUAUAACUACUAGUACAACAUUCAAUUCUAGCAUCAAAUCUCUUACUGCUGGAUUGGGCUCACUACACACCUAUACUAUAAAGUGCGAACUCAGGACAUUUCUUAGUAAUGACUUUUUAGAUAACUGGAUAAGGAAAAGUGGGAUUAAUAUUAUACUUAUCUCAGAGACACGACUGGAUCACGAAGAUGUGUACUCUAUCAUUGACGGACAAUUGGUGCUCUCCUUCACGAAGGAUACAUAUUACAAGGCAGGUCUGCUAGGGCAAAAGUCUAAAAGUUCGAAGUCCAGGUUCAUCGUCAAAUACGACUUACGAGAUCCUAAACUAUACGAGUCCAAAAGCUUUGAACGGCUCCGGUGGGCUUCCGAAAAUACCUUAACAGAUCAGCUCCCAUUUGCCUUCACAAUCCAUACCUCCUUGACACCAGCACCCGACUUUUCAAAUGCCAGAUAUACCGAGAUUAAACCUAUAGUGAGAACAAUUCCCAAGGCUGCAAUCCCCAAGUUUAGAAUCCCAGAAAAAGAUGGUAAUGUUAGUAGUGAGGUUUAUAAGGAGGAGGUACAGGAAUGGGCCAGCAGUUGCUAUGAGUGGUCAAGCUUAGUGACUCUUGAAUCGCCUCAAGUUCAUGUCCAUUCCAACGUAGACAGUUAUCUGUCGACAUACUCGUUAUUGGACCCCGAAGAUACACCAGACGAUAUAACCCUUGUGACUUGGAAGAACGGUCCAAUUCCGAGAUCCUACGUUUUAGCUCUAUUUGAGAACCUAAAAGAAACGCCAAGCAAUUCUUGGUAUAUGGUUAAUGUCAUGGGAAUAGAGGACAUCCCCAUUGCAUGGGGAUCGAAAGAACACAAUUUUCUGACCAGUGGAGAGAACAAUUAUUCUGUAACUAAGCUCAUGGAUAAUAAAAUUCUCUCGCUAAAAAUUGUCAAUGGAAAGGAUUUGUAA